ACGGACACGUUGAGUCUCGUAGCUCCAGCAGGGACCAGGUAUCCUGGAAGACUUUCAUCGCAACAUGGGCUUUCCAUCCAGGGAAGCCGCUGGCGGGGCGGCCUGGACCUCUUCCCCGCUCCCCGCCGCGCGCACUCAGGUCCUCUGAAGUUUCCGUCGACUGCUCCGGAGCGGCGCGGCGCGGCGCGGCGCGGCGCGGCAGGCGCGAUACGGCCGCAGGCGCAGGCCACCGCGGUGUGUGGAGGAGGCGCCAGGAAGAUGCGUGGCAGACCGUUGCUGACCUGAGCUUCCUCCAGAUCCGGGUUUGUUGGUUCGGAACCAGCCAGACGAACUGAGCUCCAGCGGCGGAAAGGACGGGAACUCUGAGCCCGGUGUGAGAGCAGCUGUUUGCGGGGAGACCAGCGGACCUGCGGGGCGUGAAGCGGCGAGACUUUCUGCUCCCAUGACGCAGGUUCCCGGGUCCACAUGAGAGGCCAGGGAGACGUUUUCUUCUAUGGGAUCAUCGGAGGAUGACCCUCCAGCGUGUACGUAGCUCCUUCAGGGCUUAGCGCCAUGCGUAGAGCUCUACAGGCAAGGUGGACACGAUGUGAUGGACUCCAUUGUAACCAGCACAGCGUUGGGUGGUGGCUGUUGAAGGAAUUAUAUUAAUGAACUCUUUCCUGCUGUGUUGGGAAUCUCUAAGGGAUUACUGAGGACCAUGUGCAACCACAGGCCGGAUUUCCUGUUUCUGAUCAUAUUUUUGUGCUUUUUUCUCUGAUUUGUUUUCUGGACAUCGUCUGAUCUGUUGGAAAUGGAGGUACAGUGGCGCUUAUGGAGUAAAGACUGGACCUCCUUCGUAAGGCCGUGGAUUCCCAUCCUGCUGGGCCUUCAUCUCCAGUUCUCUCGGGCCUCUAACUGUCCCGAGGAAUGCCGCUGCGAUCGGACCUUCGUUUAUUGCAACGAGCGGAGCCUGACCUCAGUGCCUAUGGGAAUCGGCGAGGGUUAUAAGACCCUCUACCUCCACAACAAUCAGAUCAAUAACGCUGGAUUCCCAGCAGAGCUCCACCACGUGGCUUCUGUGGAGACUGUGUAUCUCUAUGGCAACCAGCUGGAUGAGUUCCCAAUAAACCUGCCCAAAAACGUAAAAGUUCUCCAUCUGCAGGAGAACAACAUUCAGACCAUCUCCAGAGCGGCUCUGGCUCAGCUUCUGUGGCUGGAGGAGUUGCAUCUGGACGAUAACUCAAUUUCUACCGUGGGGGUGGAGGAGGGAGCUUUCCGGGAAGCUGUGAGCCUGAAGAUGCUCUUCCUCACCAAAAACCACCUGAGCAGCGUGCCUAUUGGCCUCCCAGAUGAUCUGAAGGAGUUGAGGCUGGAUGAGAAUCGGAUCGCAGUCAUCGCAGAGGAGGCGUUUCAGAACGUCACCCGGCUGGAGCGCCUCCUGUUGGAUGGAAACCUGCUGACAGAUGAAGGGAUCUCACCUGGGACCUUCCAGGACUUGGUCACUUUGAGGGAGCUGUCUCUGGCUCGGAACUCCCUCACCUACCCUCCCCUGUCCCUUCCCAGGGAGGUGCUCGUCAAAUUAAGCUUCCAGGAAAACCAGAUGAGUCAGAUUCCUGAGGGAGCGUUCUCCGGGUUACGUAAGCUGGAGAGGUUGGACAUCUCCAACAACCAGCUGCAGUCGCUGCCGCAGGGCGUGUUCGACGGCCUGGCGAGCCUCAGACAGCUCUUCGUCCGGAACAAUCCGUGGCUCUGUGACUGCACCAUGACAUGGGUGGUGUCCUGGCUGAGAUCUCUUCCCACCUCCCUGAAUGCACGCGGAUUCAUGUGCCAUAAACCGGAAAAGUUUCGGGGAAUGGUGAUCCGGGAGCUGAGCGCUGACUUGGUUCCGUGCCCACAGUCCACUUCACGAGCCAACACUGCUCCAAAACCUUCAGUGUCUGCUUCCACGGACUCCCCUUCAGCCACUCAACAUGCCUUCUCCUCCUCCUCCACCCGCAGACGCCCCAUCCCUACACUUCCCACCCUCUAUCCCAUCUACACAACAAGGGAGGAGGGAAUGAGGACUAAGCAGCCUCUGCAGGUCAAGUUCACCACACUAAAUGGGUCGGCCAUCCACGUGAGCUGGAUGGCUGCCUUUCCGGUCACUGCCUACAAGGUGACCUGGGCCAGGAUGGGCCCCAGUCUGACAGGAGACACGGUCAGGGAGAGGAUAGUGGGUGGGGAUCACCGGGGGAUCCGGCUGUCUAAUCUUGAACCAAAGUCCACCUAUCGGAUCUGUGUCAUACCCUUGGAUGAAUUCAAUAACUACCGACCCAAGGACGACACGGUGUGCACCGAGGCCGUGACCACAGCAGCCUUUUUCAGCCCCGACAACAACAACCGCCGGCGUUCAGGACCCGAGCAGGCCUCGCAGAGAGAAAGCGGCUCGCCCUUUCUGCUGGCCGGGCUGAUCGGUGGAGCCGUGAUCGUGGUGCUGGUGGUCCUGCUCGGGAUCUUCUGCUGGCACAUGCACAAAAAGAGCCGCUCCAAGUGGAAAUACAACCGGGGGCGUAGGAAAGACGACUACUGCGAGGCAGGCACCAAGAAAGACAACUCCCUCCUGGAAAUGACUGAAACGGGCUUCCAGAUAGCCUCGCUCAACAACGAGCAGCUCCUCAAGGGAGAGUUCCGGAUUCAGCCUAUUUACACCCCUAAUGGGGGUGUCGGCUUCAGAGACUGCCCCCCUGGGAACAACAGCACAGUGUACUGCAAGAACAACGUUCAGGAUGCAGACUUCUGUCAUUCGUGAUGGUUUUCCAGAGCAUCAGGAGCAUUUUUACCCACACUUUACUGAACUGUGUACAGUGUUAAUACGAUUUGUCUUCAACUGACGUGAUUUAUACAGCUGACUGGAAGAGAUCUUUUAUAAAACCACAUGGUUUUAUAAGUUAUUGCCUUCUGAAGUUGUGUUGUUUCAGUUCAGCUCAGACACACAUAAAAUCAGGAUUGUGAAAGACAGUUCCACCACUAGAGGGAGCAGUUUCCUCUCAGCCACAGCUCAGCUGCAGCUGCAGAGAUGUUUGCUGUUAGAUUCCUGCUGGAACAUAUGCAAACCGUUUCCUCAGCUUCACACAGAAAUGUAAAGGUCAGUCUCAUUAAACAGGCAGAAAGUGGCAGGCUGCAGAGCCUCCACCUGCUUCUCAACAUUAAUACGUUAUCACAGCCGAGGGGUCGAGUUUGAUGGUGGGAGUCCCACAAGGAGCAGAAUAAAAAGCACAUCAGCUGUACGUUUAACCCGUUAGGAUCCAACUCGCUCUUUGGUUCGGCAUCCAUGAUGUUAAAUGUGCCUUGAAGUUAUCAGCUUAUAAAAAUGUUUCUGAAAUCUAUGUUUUUGCACAAUAUGUAGAACUGUACAUAAGUUUCAUUGAAUUGCUGUUGAGUAAACAUUUUGCUCAUUUGUUUAUUUAUUUACCUCAUGACACAUUUAAUUAAAAUAUAUCUGUGAA